AUGAGACGUGCCUCGUGGCACCGACCGUGCGGCUCCAGCGGCAACUGCAUCGCGUACAAAAACGAAGACAUGGCACGCGGCAUGUUCUACGCACUGAUCGUGAUGCUCACCAUGUCCAUGCUGCUCUUCUACCUGUCCCUCCUGGCGCACCGACGCCACUCGCGAAGGCGCAAGGGAAGCCAGAUCGAUGCUCGCGGUUUACGGUCGCACCACCAGCCGGACUCUCCCGCAGACAAACUCCACGAAGGCACAAGCAGGAAGGUGUCCUGUUCGCCACCAGAUCGUUCUGUGCCUCCGGCCCCAACUUCCAGUACGGCAUUGUCACCCGUUGCUGGAGUGACAUCGUCCGAGGAUGUGCAACUACAGCGCCCGCUGCAGCUGCGAGAGCCGCAGUCGAAGAGCCCAUCUACAACGACCGUGCCAGACUGCCUCAACCAGACGCCGCCAAUAAAGACGCGAACCGAGACGCCGGCCAAGUCACCGCACACCGGCGAAGAGCCGGCUUCGCUUCGAGAAGCGAAAAGGUCCGUUCCCGUCAGUGGGAGUGAAGUCUCGAUACCGAAGAACGAAGUCCACCGCACAACCGCUCCAGCCACGAAGGAGGAGGAUGAGCUCAAGAAGAAGCGGGACUCCCUGUGCGGGCUCCUAGGCGUCUACCCGGACUUCUUGCAGAAGUAUCGCACGCCACGCGUCGCUCUCGUCGUCUUCUGCCUGGUUUCGUUCACGCGCACUUUCUCCAUGAACGGCGUCAUGAUGGUGGUGCGGCCGACGCUCGAACGGCGCUACCAGCUGAUGAGCUACGAGAGCGGCAUGAUCCUCAGCAGCAACGACGUGGCCAGCUGCCUGACCAUGCUGCCCGUGGCCUUCCUGGCCACGCACCGCAACAAGCCGCGUUUCAUCGGCUACGGCGUCGCCACGCUGGGACUGGGCAACCUGAUCGUGGCCGCUGUCCACUUCCUCUCGCCGGCUUAUGAGCUGUCGCAGGCCGAGACCGACUUGUGCCCGAUGGCUGAUGCCGUAUCGUCGUGCACGAGGUCCGGAAGCAUAAGAAACUUCCGGUUCAUGAUGAUGUUUGGGCAGCUGCUGAGCGGACUCGGUGCUACGCCCAUCAGCGCGGUCACUAUCGCGUACAUCGACGAGAACGUGCAGAAGAGGAAGUCAAGCCUUUAUAUCGGCAUCUUAAACAGCAUGGCCAUCGUUGGUCCCGCACUCGGCUUCAUCGUGGCCGGGUACACGUUGUCCUACUAUGUGGACAUCACCACCGACGUCUCCGCGUACGUUGCCUCUCUCAUUUUCGCGCUUAGGGCUAGGAUCCGCGCAUGA